GGCAGAUGUUAGUUAUCCUCGAAGUGGAAUUACUCUUUGAGUAAAGUGCCAUCUCCGCCCAUCUCUAUUGAAAAACUAGUGAUGACACUGCACUGGUCAAACCGUAUAAUCCGAAUAUUUUCACCAUUCUUCCAUGUUUCCACGUUUCAAGUUCGAAGUCCUAAAGCACGAAAUAAAAAGCGCCGCGUGGUGCGCACGCACAAGCUUUGUGGCAACUCCCUAUUGGAGCUCGGAUUCAUACCUUUAUUUCUCGCAACCAGUGUUGGCAAGUUGAGAUCACUGAUCUCAUUUCUUCCUGUUCCUGUCACCGGCUGUGGCGACGGGCCGCAGUUUUAUUCUAUCGGUGUGUAUAUUUGUGUUUCGUUUGUGUGGUCGCAACUGACAGGAGUUCUCGGUGUAGAAGCACAUUGGCCAUCGAGUGUAAAAUAAAUAACUGAAUAAUAUCUUAAUUCUUCAUUCAAUAUGUUACUACCUUCCCACAUUUUUGUGGUAUCUUUAUUUGCCUUUUCUGCGCUGAAUUUUGCAAAUGCAGUGGACGAUUCUGCCAAGAAAGGACCUCGAGUUACUGAGAAGGUUUGGUUUGACAUUCAAAUUGGUGGUAAAGAUGUAGGAAGAGUAGAAAUUGGCCUUUUUGGAAAAACUGUACCGAAAACUGUUAAAAAUUUCGUUGAAUUGGCACAAAAACCUCAGGGUGAAGGAUAUAAAGGUAGCAAAUUUCACAGAGUUAUUAAAGAUUUCAUGAUUCAAGGAGGAGAUUUUACCAAAGGUGAUGGUACAGGAGGACGUAGUAUUUAUGGUGAACGUUUUGCCGAUGAAAACUUCAAGUUGAAGCACUAUGGUGCAGGUUGGCUUUCAAUGGCUAAUGCCGGGAAGGACACAAAUGGAUCUCAGUUUUUUAUUACAGUAAAACAGACUCCUUGGUUAGAUGGUCGUCAUGUUGUGUUUGGAAAAGUGAUUAAAGGAAUGGACAUUGUUCGUAAAAUUGAAAUGUCUAAAACUGAUGCAAGAGAUAGACCUGAGGAGGAUGUUGUAAUUGCCGAUUGUGGUUCAGAAACAAUUUCGGAACCUUUCCAGGUUUCAAAAGAUGAUGCUACUGAGUAAACUUGUGUAUGAUUUUUGUGUAUGUGAAAACAAAGCAGGGUAAAGGGAUCGACUAUUUUUUUAAUAAAAUGAAAGCCAUCUAUUCCAGCCAAUAAAUGUUUGUUGUGCUAUUUUGUUUCUAAAGAUGAGAUAAUUGUUCAAAUCUUAAUAUGAGACAACCAACAAAAAGUUUUAUAACCCAGAAAAGUGUUCACCUUGAGUCAAAUAAAACAUGCCAGAGCUUUCUGUACAAUUUUAAUUAGUUUUGAAAUAACCCUACAUUCACAGCCUUCUCCUGAUUGAAUGUAUAAUACUUUGAGGGGUGUAAAAAUAUUUUUGAAGUUCCUGAGAUUGAUUAGAAGAUUAAAGGAAGUUGGAACUUUGAAGUGAAUGCUGCAGUUUACAUUACGAAGAGUGGAAUCGCACAAAAGUGUAAAAGUGAAUUUCAUUUUAUGAAAAUAACUUUAACAACCAUCACUUCUUCUUAAAAGAAGAAGCUGGUCAUAAAUAUUCACAUACAAAUUUCUGAAAAUAUUUACAAGGUUCUCAGAAAAGAAAGUGAUUGUCACAAGCAUAAAAAAUUUGAGUAUUUAUUAAAUUGUGUACACGUUUUUCAUGAAGACAGGAAUUUUUAUUUUGAAGUAAGCAUUCUUAUAUAAUUGUAAUUACUAGUUAUUUUUAACAAUUACUAGGAUAAAACUUUUGUUGUAAUCUCGUGUUCCAUGAAAGUAAUUUAAUGAAUGGAAUGUGAUGUUAUAACAAGGUAAUAAAAUUGAAGUAUAAUUAUUUAAGAUGUGCAAUUGUUUUCUAGUGCCCAGAUUUGUCUUUGAAGCUACCAACUUAGUCAUGUACAUCUUUAAAUCUGAAUUAUGAAAUUUGCAAUUAUUUUUGUUUCUCACUAUGGCAACCAAUUUUCUCAAAAUAAUAGUUUCCUAUUACCAUCAAGUUCAUUUAAAUGGCAGCAAAAAAGCAUUCAGUUAAAGGUAUAAUUAAUAGUUAAUCCAGUUCUAAAAUCUUUCAAGAAUCAGUGAAUGGUAAUAUAAGUAGUUCAUUGGUUACAGGUGUACCAGGUGCUAGUGAUGAUCCCCUAGUAACAGAUAAGGUAUCAUUGUAGAUGUAGUUGAAAGUGUGAAAGAGCUGAACAUUUUGAAAAUGUAGUGUUUCAUAAAUGUUUUUAACUAGUCUGUUUCCUCCCCUCAAUUUAAUCCUUUUUCACCUAGCAUGCCC